AUGCUCACCAAGGGGACGCAGAAGGAGACUGGGGGGAAUUUCAUUGCGGCUCCGGUGCCUCUGUUUGUGUACGGGGCAGGGCAGGAGGUGGCGGGGUGUGGAGUGCAGCUCGCCUUCCAGGCCAACUUCACCUUCUCCCUCUCCCCUCGAUCCGGCCGUGUUGGCAACAAUGGCUUCGCCUUUGUCGUCUCGGCAACGGACCGGGUGGGGAGUGGAUCUGGAGUGGGGUAUGGUGGCAUGGACAGCCGCAGCAUGGCGGUUGAAUUCGACACCACGGUGGACAAGCAGCAUGGCGAUAUGAGCACCCCGCAUGUGGGGCUGAACAUUCAAGGCCAGGACCAGUCAAUAGCCGCUGUGAAGUCGCCGUUUGAGCUGAGCAACAGAAAGGCGUACACAGCGUGUGUGGACUAUGAGCCUGGGGAACCCGGCACCAUCCAGGUGUUUUUGGCUGCCACGGAGGUGAAGCCAGUGGAGCCGCUGCUAGAGAGGAGGCUGGCGCUGUGUGAGGUGCUGCAGGCUGGAGCAGAGCAGUCGGCGUUCUUCUUUGGCUUCGUGGCGUCCACCACUGUGAAGCCCUUCCAGAUGCAUCUCAUCCUCCGAUCGGGAGUCCGCACUGGUGCGAGUUGGGCGUAUGCGGUGGUGGCGAGUGUGGAGGCAGCGUACGGCAUUGCGCUGAGCAGUGAGGCGCCACGGCUGUCAGUGGACUCGCUCUUUGCAGCCAUGGGGCUCACCUCCCUCACUGCCAAGUGCAUGGCAGGCGGCUCUCCUGCCGCGGCCUUUGAAAAGCUUCUCACUCUGCCCUCUGGUGGACUCACAACGGACAGCAAGCCGACCUUCAAGUAUCAGGAUCCUGACUGCUACACUGGCAACCUGGACCAUGCUGUACUCGUUGUUGGGUACCUCCUUUUCACAAACAGUGGCCGCCAAAGCCCCACUGCUCCACCGUUUUGGAUCAUCCGCAACUCGUGGGGAGUGGAGUGGGGCGACAGGGGCCACAUGCGCAUGGGCAUUCAGGGAGGGGAUGGCGUAUGUGGCAUCAACGUGCUGCCUGGCAUCUACCCCAUUGUCAAGAUUCCCAAGGAUCCAUGUGGUCAGAAGAGCUACAAGGGCAGUGGGGAUCUGCAGCCCAGCAUGAACCCGUGUGGGCGCUUCACCUGCCAGCCGAACACAAAGACCAACAGCAACACCUGCAACUGCACCAUACCGAAUGAGACCAAGCAGCCCUUUGUUGAAGUUCCAAAUGGGUCUGGCUCCAACACAUGUGCAUAUG